CCUCCGGAAGUAAGACCUGAUGUAAACAGCAGAGCCGGGCACCAAAGCCCGGGAGGUCAGAAAUUUGUGCCGCAAGCGGCACCAACGGCUAGAACAGGGGUCAGGGAGGGGUGAUCAAGUCGGCCAAGGCGACGUGCAUCUGGAGCAAGAUCCAAGGGAAGGUAGUCCUGAAUCAUGACUCAGCAGCCACUUCGAGGUGUGACCAGCCUACAUUUCAACCAAGACCAAAGCUGCUUUUGCUGCGCCAUGGAGACAGGUGUACGGAUCUACAAUGUAGAACCACUGAUGGAGAAGGGGCAUCUUGACCACGAGCAGGUAGGCAGCGUGGGCCUGGUAGAGAUGCUGCACCGAUCCAACCUGCUGGCCUUGGUGGGCGGUGGGAGCAGCCCCAAGUUCUCCGAGAUCUCCGUGCUGAUCUGGGACGAUGCCCGAGAAGGCAAGGACUCCAAGGACAAACUGGUGCUGGAGUUCACCUUCACCAAGCCAGUGCUGGCUGUGCGCAUGCGCCAUGACAAGAUUGUGAUUGUGCUGAGGAACCGCAUCUAUGUGUACUCCUUCCCUGACAGUCCAAGAAAGCUGUUUGAGUUUGACACUCGGGACAACCCCAAGGGGCUGUGUGACCUCUGCCCAAGCCUGGAGAAGCAGCUGCUUGUGUUUCCUGGACACAAGUGUGGAAGCCUGCAGCUUGUGGAUCUCGCAAGCACAAAGCCUGGUACUUCAUCAGCGCCAUUCACUAUCAAUGCACAUCAGAGUGAUGUGGCCUGUGUGUCCCUGAACCAGCCAGGCACUGUAGUGGCAUCAGCCUCCCAGAAGGGCACCCUUAUUCGUCUUUUUGAUACCCAAUCCAAGGAAAAGCUGGUAGAGCUUCGAAGAGGCACUGACCCUGCCACCCUGUACUGCAUUAACUUCAGCCAUGACUCCUCCUUCCUCUGUGCUUCCAGUGACAAGGGCACUGUCCAUAUCUUUGCUCUUAAAGACACCCGCCUUAACCGCCGCUCUGCGCUGGCUCGUGUGGGCAAAGUGGGACCUAUGAUUGGGCAAUAUGUGGACUCCCAGUGGAGCCUGGCCAGCUUUACUGUGCCUGCUGAGUCAGCCUGCAUCUGCGCCUUUGGUCGAAAUACUUCCAAGAAUGUCAAUUCUGUAAUCGCCAUCUGCGUAGAUGGGACCUUCCACAAAUAUGUCUUCACUCCUGAUGGAAACUGCAACAGAGAGGCCUUUGACGUGUACCUUGACAUCUGUGAUGACGAUGACUUUUAAAGCGUCCUGGCAGCCGUACUAGGAACCUACAGUAGCCAUGGCCGGCCGAACUGAGUCUUGAGGGUGUUGAACCAGCCAGCAAGCAUAAAUGAGCCUUUCACUCUGCAUCACACACAGCUGUGUCUAAAUAAACAGCUCGAGUCCACGAGCACUUAUUGUGACUGAAGUGCUAAAGGCCAGAGGACAGCCAAUCAGUCCCUGGAAAACACCAGGGACCCAAAGGGAUUGUACUAAUCCAACCUAAGGAUUUAAAAAAUGUGGUUACCAGGAGAGAGUCUCUGUGAUGUAUAUGAAUAAAAGGCCUUUGAGUGGCAUUUAUGACUUGA